AUGGCUGUCGUGGACCUCCCCAAGUUACCCAUGGCUCACGAUGGGCUAGUGAACUACAUUGCAAACCAUCCUGAGAUGCCCAUGAGCGAACUAAUCUGCCCCUACCGCCAAUUCGAAGCCAAACUGCGCGAGGUGUAUGCCCAAGACCGCAAUAACCCCCUUCUCAACGACCCCUAUCUCAAUGUCUUACCCCUUUUUACCAAGGACACCCAUAACGUCAAGACUCGUGCUCGGAACCUCGAAGCAGAGUCACCCAGUGAGAAAGAAAAGUACAUCAUGUCUCUCCCUGCCGAUAGGCGUCGUGCAAAUGGCUCACCUGCCGUCGUUGAUUCGCUGUUCGAGUUCCGCUACAAUUUCGGCAUCUUUUCCGAGUCUUCACUCGCUGAACUAGACUGGAGUAAUGUCGUUGCCGCAGGUUCUUCCGUCGUUAACUGUAUCCUCCCCGUUCCUGCUGAAUUUAAGCAAUCCAAGAGAGCUCUUCGUCAAUACUACCAUGAGAAGUUCUGCCCAGCUUCUGAUGUUGACUUGUUCUUAUACGGCCUCGAUGAGCAACAAGCAAUUGAGAAGAUCAAGAAUAUUGAAACUUGGAUCCGUGACGCAAUCCUCUCGGAAGUGACAGUUGUGAGAACUAAGAAUGCUAUCACUAUUUGCAGUAAAUAUCCUACUCGUCAUGUCCAGAUCGUACUUCGAGUGUACAAGUCUAUCUCAGAAAUUCUCACGGGGUUCGAUAUCGAUUGCUCUGGUGCUGCUUACGAUGGAAAGCAGGUCUACUGUACCCCACGAGCCCUUGCUUCAUAUAUAACGCAGAUUAAUCCAAUUGAUCUCAGUCGGAGAAGUCCCUCAUACGAGAACCGUUUGUCAAAGUAUAGCCACCGAAACUUUGAGGUUCACUGGCCGGAGAUUGACCGAUCUCGUAUUGACCCUACCAUAUUUGAACGCAGUUUCCAGAGGACCCUUGGGCUUGCCCGCUUGCUGGUCUUAGAACGGCUACCAACUAUCAACGCUAGGGAGGAGUAUUUGAGAAAGCGACGACAAGAAAGAGGCAGGCCGAAUCUUAGAUAUCAGUUUCCAAACCGUUUUUAUGGAAAUAUCAAAGACACUCAUGAAGAUGAGGUAGCCGAUUGGGUUGACGAAGAUGAAGUAUCCAACUACCAUACCUUUAGCCUUCCUUAUGGUACUAAAUUUCAUGCCAAGAAGAUCGAGAAGCUCUGCUAUACAAAAGAUUUGCUUCUUAAUGCCGAAUGGAAUCAACCCAAGGAAAGGAAGAUCUACCUCCAUAGACAUCCUGCCUUCUUUGGGAGGGUUGAGGACGUCAUUGGUGACUGCUGUGGCACCUGCCCAAAAGCUAAGACUCCAGAAGAGAAAGAGAUGGCUGAGAAGGAGAGCGAAAUUUAUGUGUCUGGGAAAGUGUCUUUCCGUAUUGACAACCCUGGUAGACAGCAAAUUGGUUCGUUCAAUCCUCUCACAGAGAAGGACUGGACUGAAAUGGCCUAUGUGGGCAACACUGCGCGUCUCUGUCAAGCCAUUGUCGACGGUGAUAUCGAUCAUGUGGAGGAUUGGCUUUCACAGGAAGGUGCAGACCCUAAUACGAGAGAUUAUACGGGCCGAACGCCAUUGCAUCUCGCCGUUAUAAGUUCCACGCCCCAAAUUGUCAAGUGCCUGGUUGAUCACGGCGCCCGUCUUGUGGCUCGCCUAGCUGAUGGCCGAAACGCACUUCAUCUAGCUGCUGCGCGAGGGAAUGUUGAGAUGAUAAGAAUUCUUCUGGAGAGGAGCGAAUCCAACGAGGAGGAAGAGAAUGAAAAGCAGGAUCGCCGCCGCAAGGCUCUCCAUGCGGCGCACAAAGAUAGCCAGGUAUACAUGCUUGAUACGAAGCCCGAUGUUGCCGAGUCCGAUGAAAAUUCAGAUGAUGAAACCUCGGACGGGGAAUUGGUCAGUGAUGCUACAUCUGAUGACGGAGACGGGGCGAGAUCUAUGGCCACAGGUUCAUUUGUCAAAAUCAACAAAGAUGAUGGCGACACUAAGAACGAUGAUUUGGCUCUUGACGACGACCAGAGUGAACCAGACGUUUAUGCUAUCGACGCUGUUGCUUGGGAUUCGAAAUGCAGUGCCCUACACCUGGCUGUCCUAGGAGGGCACUGUGAGGCAGUGAAACUCCUCUGUCAAGAAUUUGGCUCUGACGUGUUGAUACCCGUCAAAAUUGAUGUUGGUGAAUACCGUUCAGAUUCUAAGAGGGUAUUCUUACCAUUAGUACUCGUUUUGACCCUCCCACUCAACAAGGCUCUACGCAUGGCUGAAACGCUGCUGAGCCUAGGUGCUACGUCUUCGCAGGCCGAAAAUGGCAACGCGGAACUCUUUCAGUGUCUAUGGGAUAACGACAAGAUCAGCCUCAAUACUGCCAUAAACCAUGUGGCCAUCGGAGGCUACUGGAAUUGGAGCAGCACCACGACCCCAUUGAUGACGGCCAUUGACAAAGGCGAUUCAACCCUUGUGCUGAAACUCCUCGAAAUAGGAGCCAAACCUACAACUGACUUUGAUUCAUGGAUGAAGGGUCGAAAGCUCCUCGAAGCACCACUCCUAAGCUCUGAACGGGCCCUCGAAGCCUUCCAGUUAGACUGCAAUCAACCUCUUAUCCUAGCAAUUAAAUCAGCGCAUCCCUUAAUCGCUAUCGAUUUGCUAGAGAAAGGCGCCGAUCCUGACACUAUCACCAAAUCAAGCUACAAAGUUAUUAUGCACCGCUGGGAUCGUGACCGAGGGGGCGAAAGUGCCCUAGAUGUAGUUCGUAAUGUGCUUGAAGGGUUUCACAGAUACAAGGAGGAACUAAUUAGCUCGAGCCGACCAACUGAAUCCGGACAGAAACCAGGCUUCUACUGUCACGAACGACAUGAAUAUGUACCGCACCCAAGGGAACCCUUCGGGACGACAGAAUUCCUAGAAAAGUUCAGUGAGGGCACAUAUCAGCACCAUCUUGUUGUUGACGACAUCAAGUGUCGACUAGAUGCUUAUAAGAGAGAGCUAGAAGAAUUCGAGAAGCGCAGAGCGAAGAAUGCCAGCUGGGAAACAGUGACAGAGAAACUUGAAGCCAUCAAAGAUAUGAUCUCGCAACUCGAAAGAGUAGAGAAAGCUCUCGAAUCCAAGGGUGCAAAGACCUUCAAGGAGUUAUAUCCCAGUAUUCCAGAAGUUAGCAAGCCCUCCUUGGUCUCGGAAAAUCGUCCACCUUCGUCAUACUCUCUCGAGUUCAACUUUAAGCAUGCCACGGACUUGACAGAUAUACGGAGAGAAGGCUACAUCAAGCUCUUCGAAGCGGCAUGGUCCGGUGAUUUUGCGGUGAUACAAUCUCUCACUUUAGCUAUGUGGGGUGUAGAUGGACAAGAAUCGCCGCUCCAGAUAGCAGUGAGUGAUCAAAAAGGCAACAAUCCAUUCUCGAUUGCAUUUCUCCGCGGUCACUAUGAAGUAGCCAAAGGAAUCUUAGAAAUCGCACAAGCUCAUUUUGCACCGAAAGCUGAGAAGAUGACGCGAUUCACCAUGAACAAGGAAGAAGAUUAUUCCGGUGAAGAUUCAGAGUCAGAGGACGACAAUAAAGUUGUGGUAUACAAGAGGGUCAUUGACGAUCAGAACGCUAUCAUGAAUGUUGGCCAGGUGGCUACACAGAUCGAAAGCCCUUUUUCUGCAUACUCACUUCUCAACUGGCAAGUACCAACAUGGGCCAUACCUAAUUGCCCACCUUGCCGUUUUCGGUUCCCAGUCGAUCUUAUAUGGUAUGCAGUAGAGGCGAAGGACACGGAACGGUUCAACUUGCUACUUGACUGGAAUAUUCACUUUGCUCGCGCGGAGCCUGUCAACGAUGACGCAUCAAGCCAGUUAUACAUGCUUCCCCAACAUGUAUUCGGCACAGCCAUCGAACAUGGCCAUACGGAGAUACUCGCGGAAACCAUCAGACGAACUGGUACUGGGAUUCCUAUCGAAGACCUGGUAAAGAAGAGCGGCGCAGAAUUAAAAGUGAAGCCGCGUUACUACCAAGGACUGAAUGUGUAUGGCAAGAAGAGGGCGGACUGGGCGAAUGCAGGCCGCAAUCUUGUAGUGAAAGCUACGGGUAGUAAGAGGCCGCCAUUACUCAAUGCUGCUAUUGAAGGUUCACUGGAAGCAGUGGAGUGGUUUCUCAGCGAUGCACCAAUGCGAUAUUACUUGGAAUUCGGCAAGUCUAAGGCUGCAAGAGAAGAUUCCAGAUUGAGACAUCUAACGGAGGUGUCUGAUGACCUCGUCAUUCAUUGCGCAGUGACGGCAUCGCCGGGAGAGAAAACUAACCAACUCAUCGAAUAUCUGCUUAAGGUGUGCCCGUCGUCUUUGGAGGCCAAGUCAGAUCAAGGGCAUACCCCUUUAUACCUGGCUUGUCUUUUGGGGCGAGUCGAAUUUGCAAAGACGCUUAUCAAUGCGGGAGCUGACCAGUCCGUUAAGGACAAGGAUUUCAACAAUAUUAUCCACGCUUGUCUCACAAACGAACCCAAGGUUGCCAUGCUGCGAGGCCUGCUAAACCUCCUAGAUCCGGAUCUCAGGUCUGACAUGUUUCUUCAGCGAAACAACCUCAGCCAUGGCGGCGAUACUCCGCUUCACUUCUGGCUCAAAACUGCCAAUCGGCAUGUAAACGAAUAUGACCGCGAUUACGACACUGGCAUCUACGGUCCCAAGCUUGCCAAAGAAAACAUGGAUAACAUCGAUAUCUUGCGUCUGAUUCUCGAGUUCUCUGGUGGUGGAGAACUCGAGAUAUUUAACGGUUCCGGCGAUACCAUACUACACACCGCAGUACUUCUCUUUCUUGCGGCCCAUGCCCGGGUCCUUCUUACCCACAACCCCAACCUCCUGUGCCGCGAGAACGCAGUCGGGCGCACCCCUGCCGAAGUCGCCUACGACCUCUGCAUUGCUUCCAAAGUCGACCGCCUGCAGCCUAUCUGCAUCAAAUGCGACGACCGGAAUCCAGUGGAUGAGUUCAAGAGGCGGCACAGCAGGAUACCCCAGGACAGAAAGGAAGCGCCGGCGUCCGCCGACCGCAGGCAGCUCACUUGGGCAGUCGUCGAGGAAUAUAUCGACAAGAACACCGCCAAGCGCCGCCUCAUCAGCCUGAACGAGGCAAACGACGUAGCCAGACGGUUGGGGGAGAGCUACGCCUGGCAGCGGUACUACCAGAAGAGGAGAGGUAUCGACGCGGAGCGACAAGGAGCAGCGGCGCCGGAGGAGGAGGAGCAGCAGAAUGGCGACAAGGAAGUCGACUUUGCGACGGCUAGCGUAUGGCGCCACGCCUCGAUGGUUACUCGGCGGUUGAUACCAGAGCGUCUCUAG